AUUCGUUGGUUUUAGAUGGAUUAGAUUUGUGGGGAAAAAAAUUCCAGCAUUUCUGUCGUGAGCCUCCGAUUCAAGGGUUUCACUUAAUCCAUCAUUAGGGUUUUCGGUUGCUGGUAUCAAAUUUACGGAUAUUUAUUAUCUGCUCGGUCCCCUUUUACAAUGCCGUCAUUUAUGUCAGCUUCAAAGGUAGUUGGGAUGCUGGUAUCGCGUAGAAAUGGUGUGGGACUGUUGAUUAGAUCUGCUAAGAGUAGUCAGCUAUUCGAGAAAUUUGUACAGGUGCGAUGCUUGAGAAGCAUGGUGGGUAUUGAAUCUGCAACAGCUGAUAGGUUAGUUGGUACUGAUCAAUAUAUCAAACCUUCGAUUGGGAGCUUGCAAAAUACUGUACAAAAAAGGUGCUUCCUUGGUUGCGGUGACGGGGAGGAGGGGAAUGUUCUUUCUAGGAAUUACGAGGAGAAGCGUGUUAUUGGAUACUCUCCGGAACAGUUAUUUGCUGUGGUUGGAGCUGUUGACCUGUAUCAAGAUUUUGUCCCAUGGUGUCAGAAAUCUGAGAUAUGUAAGCGCUACAGUGACGGGUCAUUUGAUGCUGAGCUGGAGAUUGGCUUUAAAUUUUUGGUUGAGAGCUACGUGUCCCAUGUAGAGCUGAACAAACCAAAGUUUAUAAAGACGACUGUGUCACAGAGUAGUCUUUUUGAUCAUUUGAUAAACAUCUGGGAAUUUAAUCCUGGACCCGUUCCAGGAACUACUGACCUUUAUUUCUCGGUGGACUUCAAGUUCCAGUCACCACUUUAUCGUCAGGUAGCAUCUGUGUUCUUCAAGGAGGUUGUCUCUCGACUCGUUGAAUCAUUCACUGGCCGCUGCCGUUUGGUUUAUGGACCCGGGGUCCAAGUACUUGAAAAUUCUUAUGGACAUAGGGUAUAAACAGGUGGUUUCAUUGAGAUGUACAAGACAUGGAAACCAUAGAAUGAUCACCUGCAUCACUCAAGUGGCGGUUCAACUGCUGUAUUAUAGUCUGGGUCAGUUGAUUUAACAUGCCCAAGUAUGCUCCUUGCUAAUACCCAUUUUCUUUCAAGUUCCCUACUGUCUGAUGAAUAUUAGUGAGUAAUUUGAAAAUGCUCACCCUAACACAUUUUGCUGUUCUUCCUUUUCUGUCCCAACACUAGUGGGUCUUGCACCUCAUACGUGUGGAUUGA